AGAUCUGUGGCGCGAGGUGCAGUGGAGGGAGGGUCGAUGAUGACAAGAAGGAGGGUGUGGGACCCGGAUGCUGAUGCGAGGAACCAGAGCGGAGAAAAUAACGCUUUACAACGCAAAGAAACCGUCAAGACACGCGAAAUAUCCGCGCGCAACGUAUCAGUCACCAUCAAAACCACAGAACCCUUCCCCAAAAGUGAACGGCGAGGGAGGACAGACGGCGCAGACGAGAAGGAUGAGGAUGCUGCGGUCCGUAGCUCAACAUCAGCAGCAGAGAUGAAGCAGAGCCGCUACAGCGACGCGAGAGGAUGCAGAGCGACCUGGAUCUCCUCGUCUCGCUCAACGUGAAACGGCAAUACAUUCACCUGUUUGUUUAACAGCAAAUGGUGAGAUUCUGGCUCCUUUACUUGGGAGUUAGGCCUAGCACAAGUGUACUGGAGGCUGGUGUUCACUUAUCUUUUACACUAGUCAGGAGGAAAUUUUGUCUCGAGCUGAUAGAUACAUCUAGAAACAGGAGUUGGCUUUCUGUAAUGACUGGUAACGAAAAGUCUGAUGGAUUGAGAAGCGUGACUUUGAUUGGCAGAGCUGUGAAUUAGGCUGCUUCUAUGGACCUGACUGUAUCUUUGCAUUGCCCUCAGCAUCUUUCCCCUCAAAUACAUGACAAACACAAAGAGUUCAGAACAAUAAAUGGCCCGAAUGACAGAUUCUAGGGAACCCCGAGCUCAGCAUGGAUAUAUUUCCGGGUUGUUGCAGACCCUUGGGAGACUGUUUUAGAAAAACUCAACUCAGAAACGGUACGCUGUGAAAAUAUUGCAUGCAGUAUGUCUAAGGAACUGUCAGUGACUCAGGCAGCUCAGUAUGUGGGGCCGUAUCGACUGGAGAAGACUCUCGGGAAAGGCCAGACAGGUCUGGUGAAGCUCGGGAUUCACUGCAUCACUGGCCAAAAAGUAGCCAUCAAAAUAGUCAACAGAGAAAAACUCUCAGAGUCUGUGUUGAUGAAGGUGGAGAGAGAAAUUGCUAUUUUAAAACUGAUUGAACAUCCACACGUGUUGAAACUCCAUGAUGUUUAUGAGAAUAACAAAUAUCUAUAUUUGGUACUGGAGCAUGUUUCAGGAGGAGAGCUGUUUGACUAUUUGGUGAAGAAGGGCAGACUGACGCCUAAAGAGGCACGAAAGUUCUUCAGACAAAUCAUAUCUGCUCUGGACUUCUGUCAUAGUCACUCCAUAUGUCAUAGAGACUUGAAGCCAGAAAACCUCCUGCUGGAUGAGAGGAACAAUAUCAGGAUUGCAGACUUUGGCAUGGCUUCACUACAGGUGGGAGACAGUCUGCUAGAGACAAGCUGUGGAUCUCCUCAUUAUGCAUGUCCAGAGGUUAUCAGGGGUGAGAAAUAUGACGGCCGACGGGCUGAUGUGUGGAGCUGUGGAGUCAUUCUCUUCGCUCUGCUAGUGGGCGCGCUGCCCUUCGACCACGAUAACCUGCGGCAGCUGCUGGAGAAGGUGAAGAGUGGAGUGUUCCACAUGCCACAUUUCAUCCCACCUGACUGCCAGGCUCUGCUGCGGGCCAUGAUCGAGGUCAACCCUGAAAAAAGAGUCACGCUAGAGGCCAUCCAGAAACAUGCCUGGUAUCAAGCUGGACGCAAUGAGCCGUGUCCGGAGCAGCCGCCCCCGAGGCGCGUGUGCAUGGGACGGAUCAUGUCUCUGACAGAGCUGGACCCAGAUGUGCUGGACAGCAUGUAUUCUCUGGGCUGUUUCAGGGAUCGGGUCAAACUGGCCCAAGACCUGCAGUGUGAAGAAGAUAACCAGGAGAAGAUGAUCUAUUAUCUCCUGUUAGACCGUAAAGAGCGCUAUCCUAGCUAUGAGGAUGAGGAUCUUCCUCCCAGAAAUGACAUUGACCCUCCACGGAAGCGUGUAGACUCUCCCAUGUUGACGCGUCAUGGCCGCUGCCGGCCAGAGAGGAAGAGCCUGGAGGUGCUGAGUGUGACGGAGCAGGGCUCUCCCACACCCCCGCGCAGAGCGCUGGACACCUCCACGCACAGCCAAAGAUCUCGAUCUGUAAGCGGAGCAUCAACGGGCCUCUCAUCUAGUCCUCUAAGUAGUCCCAGGAGCCCUGUCUUUACCUUCAGCGAGCCGGAGGUAGUUGCCGCCACCAAAGCGAGAAGCGGCAGCACCGCCGCUCAUCCCAACCGAUCGCAUGAACCCAAAACUCAGACGCUUCCAUCUAAAACCGCACCCGAGCGCCCCCAACUCCAGUCCAUGAAGUCCCUCCCCUUACCCUUCUCCUUCUCCCGCUCUCCCUCCCCUUCCCCCUUCCUGUCGCCCAUUCCCCGUUUCCUCUUCUUUCCUUCUCCAUCUGCGGUGCUGAAGUCGGUGACUAAAAGCUUGUAUCCCAUGUCUCAGGUCACCCCUCAGGGCUCUCCCCUGCCUACCCCGCUGGGUACCCCUGUGCAUCACCCCCACCCCCCCACCGCUACCCCACCCUCCUCCUCCUCUUCUGCUUCUUCCUCCCGAGCCGAGGGAGGAAGUGUGGUGGGCUCACUCUCUUUGACCCCACCCUCUAGUCCAGGGGGAGGCGGCGGCAUGGUGGCCAGUAGCUCCGCCCACUGGAGGGCACGCCUCAACUCACUGAAGAACAACCUGUUGGGGUCGCCACGGUUCCACCGCCGCAAGCUGCAGGUGCCAACCUCAGAGGACACGUCCAGUCUAACACCAGAAUCAAGCCCAGAACUGGCUAAAAGAUCCUGGUUUGGGAAUUUCAUCAGUCUGGAGAAAGAAGAGCAGAUUUUUGUGGUCAUCAGAGACAAACCUCUUAGUUCCAUUAAAGCAGAUAUCAUCCACGCCUUCCUCUCUAUUCCCUCCCUCAGUCACAGCGUAAUCUCUCAGACGAGCUUCCGAGCGGAGUAUAAGACUUCUGGAGGUCCGUCUGUCUUCCAGAAACCCGUCAAAUUCCAGGUAGACAUCUCCUUCUCUGAGGGGGAAAGAGAACGAGAGCGGGAGAGGGAGAGAGAGAGAGACAGGGACGGACAGAAGGAUUAUGGGAUCUACAGUGUAACUUUUAGCCUCAUCUCAGGUCCAAGUCGCAGGUUUAGACGAGUUGUUGACACGAUUCAAGCCCAGCUGCUCAGUGCUCACGAUCAGCUCAUGACGCAAACUCUUUCAGAUGAGAAGAACAGUCGCCCUCCUAGAACACCGACCAGACAGAACUCCCGGCGCUCAGAGGGCGGAGCCGACUACUGCGAGUGGGUGGAGCGUGGAGAGGGCGGGGUUUUACUCCAGCGCAGGGGGUCGGGAAGAGAAAGAACCCGCCUACUUUCCUCCAGUGGAACACAAUCACAGCCCUGAGCGAGAAGUGUUCCGUCAAGACUAAACUACUCAAACGUUCCUUCUCCCCUUCUCACCUCAGAACAGCAUGAUGCUAAAAUGUGUUUUUAAAGGAGCCUUUUGAAAGUCUAAUGAAACCAAAUACUGAUAUGCAUUGUGCAAGAACAUGGGAUGCAACAAAGUGAGAAGCGUCUCCAUUGAACAGUCAGAUAAACUUCUGGGAUCCGAGGAGCUCCUCCAAACUUUGUUCUGAAACAUAUUUAAUUUUUCAUCCUGGACAAUGCUUUGAUUUGUGCUGUAUUUUCUCUCACGUGCUUUGGAUGUAAUGUGCAGAACUUGAGUUUAUAAUGACAUUCGUGGAAGGAACGGUUUCGGUUGGGGGUAGCACACCAUCUGUUCCUUACAGGCCUGGUAACCGUUUCAGCAAUCGAGUAAUUAUAGCAACAGAGACGUUAGUCCAAUUUAUUCUAAAUUUUUAACCUCUUAGAAAUAUGUAGAGAUCCAGAUCCAAAAGCUACCGGCACCAAGAGCCUGCUCAGUCAUAUGCAAUAAAAAUCAAUAAGCUACAAAAGAUUCACAUGCUGAAUCUUUUAAAACAUGAUUACCUCCUUGAGCGGACAGACUCAUGGUGAUUUUAUGACCGUUGCUCACCAGCCCUGUGUCAUUAGCUACAGACAACUUCAUUUUCACUCUCCAUAGAAAUGCUGCAUGCUAAAUAACGUCAAGCUUCAGCCCCUAAUGCCUGCAUUUCUGCGUGCGUUUACACAUCGAAAUCUGGCCUCGGUUCACCCUUUUGGCAGCUCAAACAUACGAGAGGAUAUGACAAACGGAGGAUUCCCGUGACUGUUGUCUCCAACAAGAGUUCACAUGUAGAGGGAACGGGAAUCAAUCCAAAAUGAGAAAGGAUCACAUUCAUCCAGAUUCUCUGUUGCUGCAAGACUUUCGGUUGAAGCCAACCAAGUGAAUGUCAUUGACUAUUUUAUUUGUGAAUUUUGGUUUAUUGAAAAUAAUUUAUUUGUAUAUCACUCCUGGGGAUCAAAAAAUGUCCAUUAGGUGUACAUAUGUAUGUUUAAGAAAGAAUGGAAUGUCUGCGGUAUUAAAAAUACAUAUUUUGGGGGAAUUGCAACAUAAUCUAUGGCAAAAUUCACUGUUCUUUUAGACAAGCAAACAUGCGUGCUUUGUUGGUUUUAAAAAUGAAAAAAUACACUUUAAAGAUGUGUCAGUUUUCUGUCACUAGCAUCGCUGAACGGAAAUGCAAAAAUAAUGACAAGAUUUCCUGAACCCUCCCCCUCGCCUGCCAGUCAAACAGAUAGCCACGCCCCCAAACUCACGCCAUUGGUUGAACCAAAGUUGCUUUUAAUUCAAAUUUUCCCUACAUGCACUCUUAAAAAUAAAGGUUCUUUUUAUGGUUUCAUGAAGAACUUUUAACAUCCAUAGAAUCAUUCCAUUCCACAAAUAGUUCUUUAAAUUAUUAAAAUGUCACGCUAAGAAAAAUGGUUCUUUUAAGAACAGUUUACUGAAAGGCUCUUUGGAGUGCCAAAAAUGGUUCUUCUAAGGCAUCGCCGCAAAAACCCCCUUUAUUUUUUAAGAAUAAAGCUGGAAUAGAAGAAAAUAUUUCAAAUUCCACCCCCCAAAAAUCACACACUUCACCUUUAAGAAGAAAAGCGUAUUGCAUAAAAGAGCUCUCCCUUGCUUGUACGCCUGCACACAGUAUUACAGUAAUGAGUGCGAAAGAAAGACUUCCUCUGGGCAUUAUCUGAUGAGGAAAAUGUGCUGUACCUUGCGACCUAAAGAGGAAAUUGAAAAUUGCAUGGUAUUUGAAGCAAAAUAAGCCAUUGUUUAGGCCACGGACCUUGCUCGCUCCAUCACGAAAAAUGUACAUUCACAUCAAUUUGUCUCUAAUUAUUAUUAUGAUACAGUAUAAAAUAUUAAAUUGAUCUCUUAGAUCCAGCGUAAAAUAUCUGAAAGAGGGACACUCUUUGUACAAAUGGCUUCUCUGCUGAACAGUUGUCAUGAAACUGGUAAAUGUGAUCCAGUUUUGUGUGUCUUUGUGAAUUUUAAGUUGUCUUCAUGUCAGCUCUUUUCCAUGUUUUAUUUAUUUAUUGUAUGGAAAUCGGUUGGCACUAAAAGGCUAAUUAUAUCAUGUGACUGAUGUACCAUCAUAUCUUAUCAUAUUUAAAUAGUUUAAGCAAUGUAUCCAGUUUUGGGGAAGCAAACUGUGAUCAUUAAAACCAGUCCAAAUCUAAGGAAAGCACUGUCCAUUUAUGCUGCUGCUGCAAAAAAAGAAUAGCAUAUGUGUUAUAUUUUUGCAUCAGGUAAUGGCACAACUAUUUGGACAUAUCAUAACUUGUAUUGUCUUAGCUGACUAUCAGUUGGUUAACAUCAGUAUAUGUAUUUUUAGGAAUAACAACUGGACGAAAUGACCUAGGAACAGCAUUGCCAAUGCAAUAUUGAUUUUUUUCAUGUUAAAACCGGACAGGUUUCAUUUGCUUUUCUAUCUGUGGUUAUGUAUGUAUGUAUGUGUGCAAUGUGUUUCCCACCCCUCAACAGAAUUUGAACUAUAUCAGUGAAUAUAUGUUGACAUCUCAUUCGCUGAGAGUGAACGGAUCAUGAUCGUGCAUCUGGACGUUUGUGCACAGUGUGUGUUCACGAUGCACAGAGAGUCAUGUGGUUAUAUGGAUGAAUGCUCUGUGUGUAUAUCUGCUUUGAAAGUAAACAUCUGUGUGUAUGGAUGUGCAGUUGGAAUGCAUUAUGCUACUGUUUACGUGUGUGUGUGUGUGUGGGAGAGGGAAGCGAAAUGGAUUCAGGAUGGUCUACGUAAUCAAAUUAAUAGGCGUCAAUAAAAAUAACCAAAAAGGUUUACGAA